GGCAGAAUUUGACAAUGAAAUGCACGAAUUUUUUUUUUUUUAAAAAAAAAAUUUGCCAAAAGUAAACAAAGCAUGAUGCAUAAGUUUUCUUUGUUAAUGUAGAUGUCUUAUGACUUACAGACACAUGAUAACUCGGACGAAUUUUUUAACCCUAAAAGGAAGUUCAACAAAGAAACAAAGAGGGAAUGUGAAAAUCAACUUUUUGGCAAAAAAAAAAUUUUUUCGAACAUCUUUUUUUUCAAUAUAUUUAAGAAUGCUUCUUGACAUCGAAAAGAAAAAAAAAAUAUUUUGGCCGUUAAUAAUUUCAUUACUUUUUAAUAUUUAUUAAGUUACCAAAUUUGUUAUUGCCUCCAAUUCGUCGAGUUUAUUUUCAAAGAAAACAGUCCUUUUUGAGUAAACGUAUCAAUAUGCGUGUAUUUAGCCGUAAAAAAAAAAAAA